AUGAUAUCAGUGCAAUCGUUCCAGACCUAUGCAUUUCACCAUCUUGCGCCUACCAUGCAUCCGCCUAGCACGGACAUCGUAUGUUCCACGGUAUCCUCCGGUGGUAGCACUGGCAGUGGGCAUCAACUACAUUCCUUCUUUUCCGCAAGUAGUGCUGGUAACAUCCGUGUCCCGGCAAUGCUCGGUCAAUGUGAAAAGUCAUGGUUCCGAACUUUGAAUGAUUCACAUAUCUCCAUAGUAUAUCUGGAAUCAUUAUUCGUCAUGUGA